ACCCAUAAUGAGAUUAUUAUUCGGCGUGCUUACCGUUCUAUCGAUGCUGGCAGAGAUGGGCGCCAUUUUCCAGGGUGGCGUGCUGGAUCUUAACUUCUUUCGCUGCAUGUGGACGAAGAACUACGAGUGCCCGCACGAGGACAUCAAGUUUUUCCUCUACACACCUUCGUUUCGGAAAGGAAGAAUCAUCGAUAUGAACGAACCGAAGUCCAUCUUCAAGGUCGGAUUUAAAACGAACCAGCAGACAGCUAUAAUCAUUCACGGUUUUAACGGAACACAGACGAGCCGACAUAUUAUGUUCCUUAAAGAUGCCUACCUUUCGCGCAAGUUCAACGUGUUUGCCGUAGACUGGGAGGUGUUGUCACAGUAUCCGUGCUAUUUUUCAUCCCUUUCCAACACAAAGCUGGUGGCACAGUGUACGGCACAGCUUUACUCUUUCCUUACGUUUGCCGGUUGUACUAGCAAGCAGAUAACGUGCGUGGGCCAUUCGCUCGGUGCCCACAUAUGCGGCAUGAUGACUAACCAUCUGACGAAGAAGCAGUACAAAAUCAUAGGACUUGAUCCAGCACGACCACUGAUAGAGAAGCACGCAUCGAAAAAGUUUCGCCUAACGCGGGAAGAUGCACGAUCGGUACAGAUUAUACACACGAAUGCCGGUUUGCUUGGACAAAGCGCGUUUACCGGUCGGGUGGACUUUUGCAUCAACGGUGGACAGGUGCAGCCUUACUGUGAGGGUGAUCGAAUAAAACAAGCCCGCUGUAGUCACUUUUUGAGCGUAUGCUACCUUGCCAACGCAAUCCUAGCGUCUAGACCGAUGCGAGCUUUCCGUUGCCCGUCUGGAUGCGUUCCCGACAAUCGGAUACCUUUCGUCAAGUCGAAUCGUGUGCGGAUGAAAUGGUUAACAGUUGGACAAGACACACCGGGAAACGUUACUGGAGGAUACUGUGUGCAUAUGGAACAAACCAUGAACUGUCCAUUUAACUAGACCGGAAACCAUUAGACGUGACGAAGUGAUGAGGUGCAGUGCAAUUCAUAG